AUGCCGCCCAGUCUGCUCAAAGAUGAAUUGCCCUACGGCAACUUCAUUCGAGGUCCAAAAGAGCAUCACAAUGAUGACGAACCUCCAUACACACCAAUGACCAUGAUUGAUGGCAAUGGAUCUGUUCUGUGUGAAACAGAUGAAUUCGAUCUCUUUCUUGCGAUCAUCCAUCGGGAUGAUGUGACGACUCUGGAGCAGUAUCUCGAUAUUGCGCCUUUGGUUAUCGAGGAGAGAGAGAAUCUCCCUCUCUAUUACUCCUUCUUCUACACAGCUGUAUCUCACGGAAGCCUUGGUGCACUCAGGACACUACUCUCUUACUACGAAAGAGUUAUGGGACCAAUUCAAAGAAUCACUUUUCGAAAACGCGGUUUCACCCUGCUCAACGAAGCUGCUAGACGCGGCUAUCUGGAAAUAGUAGAGUUUUUACUCCAAAACCAGCCACUAUAUGCUGAUAUUCACGAGCGAGAUUAUACAGGCUGCAAUGCUAUUGCGGCAGCCUUGGAUUUAUAUUCUACGAGAUACGCCGAGGCGUUCGAUUGGCAGCCCUCUGUUGACAAGAGCGAGGCUGUGAUAAAUCUGUUGCUGGAUUGGGGUGCCUGUCCGACUGACGUGGUUGCACGGGUUCACGAAGACUCAUCAUGGAAACCUGAAACGGUCAUUUCAAUGGCAUCCGAAUGGGCAAGCGCUAAGAUUAUCGAGAGGCUCGUUAACGGUGGCGCAGAUGUCCAUGCCCGGUUCACAAAAGACUCCCUUCAACUACGACUGUAUGACGAGCAAGAUUAUAUCGUUGACAACGUCACUGCAAUUCACAUGGCUUCUUUUCGGGGCAAUUAUCCUACUCUGAAAACUCUACUUGCCCAUCGUGGGAACGCAAUCAGCGCCCCGCAAAUGGUGUCCUCUUGUGAUAGUCGAGGGAGUACACCUCUUCACUGGGCUACACGGAAUAACCUGUUUAACCCCAAUCCACACGAAAGUGCACAGAAUAUCAAAGCAACCAUCGAUCUUAUUUUGGAUUUGUGUCCUGGGAUAGUUAAUAUUCAAGACUCUGAAGGGAACACAGCCUUACACUAUGCCUCUCAAUACUUCGGUGGAAAUGGAGAGGUCUUUAUGCCAAUUUUUGACAUGAUUUGCGACAAGGGUGGAGACGCAAGUAUACGUAAUAAUCGGGGAGAGACGCCGCUACACAAUGUGCUCGCCAGUGCAGAAGAGACAGUCAAUCAGCAGAUCAUAUCUCUCCUGCUUGCCCAUGGCGCAAAGAUCAGCGAUAGUGAUUAUGGCAGGAACACCCCUCUACAUAUUGCAGCUCGAAGAUUGGAUGAUCAUGGCGCAAUUGCUUUCCUUAUAAAACAGGGCGCAGAUGCUACUAUCCGUAAUUCCAAAAAUGAGACACCUGUCCAUAUAGCCGCUUCCGGCGACGUAUUUACACCGGGCCUGGCAGACAAAGUUAAGAUGCAAAAUCUGGUUUUUGCAACUCUAACAAACGCCGGAGGAAGUGAUCUGAUGGAGUCUACGGAAAUUAAUGGAAAGACUCCACGGGAAAUCUGCAAAGAGCGGAGGAGUAUUUGGAGGAAAAAUGAACACAGGGACCGUUUGAUAGACAAAUGA